AGCUCAUUGGGGUAUGUAUUUUAACUCAUUGGGGUCUGUAGUUUGCUGCUAGUUUUACAUAUACAUUUAUUUUAUAGGAAUAAUAAUGUAAAAUAAAGAGUGAGUCACAUGGGUAUUGGCGAGAAUUAAGUUUGCAAGCCAAUUCCAGGUAAGCAAGCAUUUGACUUGAAUAUCACCACUACCCACGUCCAACCUGCAGCCAAUAAAUCUCCCUCCACAUUCUUGUUCAAUUCAUAGUAACUUCAUCCAUCCUCAUGGACAACUACUCCUAUGCCGACUCCGGUGACUCCUCACCACACUCGCGUACUGAUGCAGACUUUGACAAUGUCUGCAAGGUCAAGUUUAUGUGCAGUUAUGGAGGUAAAAUCAAGCCUAGGCCUCAUGAUAACCAGCUCUCCUAUGUCGGUGGAGAGACUAAGAUCCUAGCCGUUCAUCGUUCUGUCACUUUCGCUACUCUCAUUGCCAAGUUAAAGGCCUUAUGCCACACCGACGUCUCUUUCAAGUACCAGCUGCCGGGUGAAGAUCUUGACGCCUUGAUUUCCGUCACCAACGAUGAUGAUCUGGCACACAUGAUGCACGAGCAUGAUCGCUUGCCUUCUCCGGCUAAGUUGAGGCUCUUUCUCUUGCCUGCUAACGGUCAAAGCCCAGCGUUAACUCCGGUCAAUAGUUUUGGUUCCACUACUAUGGAUGCCUUGAAUUCUGGCCAUCUUCAGUCCAAGGAACUGAUGUUGGGUUUGGAAAAAGAAAUGGUUCAGAUCCCGGAACAGGAGCCAGAUGCUGCGGCGGUUAUCGAUGAUCGAAUUCAGAAACAUAUCCACGACCUACAGAAACUUGGAAUUGCAGAACCACCUCUAUACAGGAAACCAAGUAAUGAGAAUCUCACUGCUUAUGUCCCAAAAGAGACAGCUCCUCAAAUUUCACCGGAUCAACAUCAACAACCCGUUUACAUGUUUCAGGCUCCGCCUGCCAGUGUGUAUCACACCCCCAAUGCCAAUGGAUACUACUACCAAAGGAUGCCGGUUCCAGACCAACCACUUUACAAUGUUAUACCACAACCACAACCACAGACCACAGUGCCAGACCAACCACUUUACAACGUUAUACCACAACCACAGACCAUAGCGCCACCACAGCAACAGUUUGUAGCACAGACAUAUACAGAAGUGGUGACGGAUUCAGCGUAUGGUCAGGUGGCGGGUGCCGGAAGGCAGAUUUACUACACCACCCAGGCCCAUGCUCCGGUUGUAGCAGUAGCACAGCCAUUGCAACAGCCAUAUCAAGCAAUGGCUGUCACAUUGAAUCCAGAAACAGGUGCUAAAGAAUUCAUCUGAGGCAUGUCUUAAUUAUGUAUUAGAUUCUCUCCAUAGCAUUGCAUUGCAUCUUGUGUUUAAGUGACAGACUUGUUUUUUACUUCCAAAUAAACCUAGAGCAAAUAUGUUUGAUGUCA